AAUUUUAGUCGCAGGGUGAGUUCUUGGAUGUUUUCUUUUUUGACGUUUCUUUCAUUCCACAAAUCAAAACACCAAAAACACCACCACGUUUUUAAAGUGAACUUCUUCGCAUUAUUUUAGAACAUUACUUACUCGUUACUUUGAAGUGCCAAACCGCUGCCAGCCACGAUGCCGAAAGUCAGCUCCCGUUCGGGGCCUCCCCGGAAGCUGUCCACGAACAAAUCGAAGCACUCGAUGAAUCCGGAACGCUCGACCGAAGGCUUGAAAGGGGUGGCCAAACCACGAACCAAAUCCACCAUCAAGCGGCUGCAGAUGUACCGAAAUUUCAAGGCCAAGCGGGACCGGAGGGGUAAGAUUUUGACGCCGGCACCGUUCCAGGGAUGGGUUGCCAGCGGAACGGUGGCUCGGGUUGAACCUUCGCCCAAAUGGUUCGCCAACUCGCGGGUAAUUUCGCAAAGUUCGCUGCAGAAGUUCCAGGAGGAGAUGGGGAAGGCGAUCAAGGAUCCUUACAAGGUGGUGAUGAAGCCGACAAAUCUGCCGAUCACGCUGCUGAACGAGACGGCACGGUAUCAGAGAGUGCAUUUGCUGGACACGGAAAGCUUCGAUACGACGUUCGGCCCUAAGACGCAGAGGAAGAGGCCAUCGCUGAAGGUGCGCGAUUUGGAGGACUUAACCAAAAAUGCGGAGGAAUUGGCGGAUCGGUAUGACGAGGGCAAGGAUCGUGAUUUGGAACGGGAAGAUGAAGGAGUGAAGGAUCAAGUGCGGGAGUGGAUCUUUGCUGCCGGGCAGAGUAAGCGGAUUUGGAACGAACUACACAAAGUGAUUGAUUCGGCGGACGUGUUACUGCAGGUAUUGGAUGCCCGUGACCCGAUGGGAACGCGGUCAAAGUAUAUUGAGGGAUUUUUGAAGAAGGAGAAGCCUCACAAACAUCUUUUCUUCAUUUUAAACAAAGUGGAUUUGGUUCCGAUUUGGGUGACACAGCGUUGGGUGGCUUUGCUGAGUAAAGAGUAUCCGACCAUCGCCUUCCAUGCUUCAUUGACGCAUCCUUUCGGUAAAGGAGCAUUGAUUAAUCUCCUGCGGCAGAUCGGAAAGUUACACGUCGACAAGAAGCAGAUUAGUGUUGGCUUCAUUGGAUAUCCAAACGUGGGAAAGUCGUCCGUUAUUAACGCCCUUAGGAGUAAGAAAGUGUGCAAAGUGGCGCCAAUCGCCGGGGAAACAAAAGUUUGGCAGUACAUCACGCUAAUGAAGAGAAUUUUCCUGAUCGAUUGUCCUGGCGUGGUUUAUCCGACAGCCGAAACCGACACCGAGAAGGUUCUGAAAGGUGUCGUCCGAAUAGAGCUGGUGAACAACCCGGAAGAUUAUAUUGAGGAAGUGCUGAAGCGAAUUCGGAAGGAGUAUCUCACAAAAACUUACGGACUCUCCGAAUGGAGUUCGCACAUCGAUUUCCUCGAACAGAUAGCCAAAAAAUCCGGAAAGUUGUUGAAAAAGGGUGAACCCGAUGUGCAGACGGUGGCGAAAAUGGUUCUGAACGACUGGCAGCGCGGUCGAUUGCCGUUCUAUGUGCCUCCAGAGGGAUUCGAAAUUCCUAAAUCUGUGCUGGAUCAGACUGCGGAUGCAGAAAAAACUAUCACGGAGGACGACCAAAAGAGUUCGUUUUCGGGAGUGACGGCCACUCCAACGAUACCUGAUUCGAUCAAGAAGGGUAAGGAGCUGUUCCAGAUUCAGGACUUCCGCAAGAUUAAAGUGAAUUUGGAAUUCGAGAGCGAGGAUGUCCGCGAGAUUGACAAGAUCGAUCUGGAACUGUUAGAAAAGCUGAAGGAGGAAAAGAAGCAAGAGGCAAAGAAGAAAAAGGAGUCCAAAGGUCAGAGUCUGGAAAAAGAGGAUGACGAUUCGUCCGGAAUUUCCGAUUUCUAUUCGGAGGAUGAGUACGAUGAGGAGAUCGGGAAGGUUGUUCACAAGAGUGCCAAGAGCAAGUCGGUCGUGCCCGCUGAUAAGAGUAAAACAAAAUCAGCUAGCGGAAGCUUCGAAGUGGAAGAAGAAUCAUCCGAGACAGCAAAGGGAUUAUCUAAAAUGACGGCCAAGCAGCGAAGGGCCGUUGAAAGGGCAUCCAAGCGCAAGAAGAUCGGUAGCAACUUCUACGAGACGCAUAACGUUAAGAAUCGAAACAGGAACAAGAAGCCGAAGGCGCCCUAAAAUUGUUUUUCGUGUUGACGUAGCAUUAAUUUAGAUAGUUAAGCAGAUCUUUCAAUAAAAUUAUCCUAAUAA